AUCCAUUUUUUAGAAUUGAUCAGUUAACCUUUCUUGUCAUUCAUGGUGCUAUUCUUUGUUAUUGGAUGUACCUAUCCCAUGGCAAUGAUCUAAGUUUUCCUUUUCCUUUAUACCCUGAAUUAAUUAUUAAUUGAGAAAUAAUUCUCUAGUUCUGACUCUAUACUUCAUCAGAUCAGGCUGCUUUUUAAGGAGAAACCAUGUCAAUUAAAAAGGUAAAAACUUCAAGGGAAAAACGAAAAUGUAAUAAAUUGAUUAGAAUGGUUAUGAUAGCCUGCUUUUUAAGGAGAAAUCAUGCUGAUUUAAAAGGUAAAAACUUUAAGGGAAAAACUAAAAUGUACUAAUUUGAUGCGAAUGCUUGUGAUGUACUUCCAGGCACGCUAUUAAUUUCUUUAAAUGGCUGGGCUUCUAAUCUCUAUGUUAAAUAUCUAGUACAAUGGAAUCUGGCCAAAGUAUGAACUGUGGGAUGAAGUUCAAGUUAAAUUACCUAAUUGCAGUAUAAAUGUAAUUGAGCGACUGAAACCGAAUGAAAUUAAGACAUUACAUGCAAGAUGGGAAUGGAAAUAUCUAUUCACCAUCUUGAGGGGGAGUGUUGAAAAUCUAGAAUAUCUUUCCUGUACAGCUAUAAAAUCUAUGUAUAUCCCAUGAUUUCUGCUCUAUCUUAGGUUAGAAUAAUUUACUUCUAAUGUAUUUUAGGAUAGAAUAAAUUAGCUCCUAAUUUUUGGGAGAUUACAGAUUUCAUAAAACUGACAAAAGUCAACUUCCAUUUGUAUAAAUAUUGCACAGCCUGAGCCUAGAAAAGAACAACAAAAAUAACAAAAACAAUUUAGUUGUCUCUUUUUUUGUUCAUGGUAUCGGAGCCUUUGCUCUUGGGACCUCUUCUUGUCAGCCUUCAUUGCUGAGUACUUUUCUUUUCAAGUCCUUAUUGCCAAGUGCAAUUUCCAGCCUUCAUUGCUGAAAUUUUCACUAGGCCUUCAUUGCUGCAACAUGACUGAAACUGAAACAUCAGAAAUUAACUCCAAUACCAAAUCAGAAGAUACCUCAAAUAUUCCACACAUAGGAGAUUUGCAGAAUAUCCAGGCAGCCUAUAGGCUCAAUGGAAAAAACUAUUUGAAGUGGUCACAAUUUGUUCAAACAUUUCUCAAAGGAAAGGGCAAAAUCAGCCACUUGCUUGGAACUGGACCCAAAAAUGGUGAUCCUAAAUUCGUUGCUUGGGAUGAAGAGGAUUCUAUGGUCAUGUCAUGGCUCUGGAACUCCAUGUUACCUGAAAUAAGCGACACUUGCAUGUUCCUGCCAACAGCUAAAGACAUAUGGACUACUAUUGGACAAACCUAUUCAAAGGCAGGACAUGCUGCCCUAAUCUAUGAGAUCAAAACAAAGAUCUCAGCCAUUAAACAAGGCAACCUUUCUGUUUCUCAAUAUGCCAAUCUUCUGCAAAAUCUAUGGCAGGAAAUGGAUCAAUAUUGGUGUGUUCAGAUGCUAUGUAGUGAAGAUGCAGCCACCUUGAAAUGCUUUAUCGAAAAGGAUAGAGUUUAUGACUUCCUUGCAGGUUUGAACGUAGAAUUUGAUCAAGUCAGAGUCCAGAUAUUAGGGAAAGAAAGAUUUCCAUCCUUGAAUGAGACAAUAUCCUUGAUCCGAGCUGAGGAGAAUAGACGAGAAGUCAUGUUGGAGCCUAAAACAUUAGAAGGGUUAGCAAUGAUUUCUACAAAGUCAAACAAUAAGGAAGCAAGGAUAGGUAAUGGGCGUACAGAGUCAAAUAAAGACACAGUUUGGUGCACAUACUGCAAAAAUCCACGCCAUAUGCGAGAGGAUUGUUUCAAACUCUAUGGGAAGGAACAAGUCCUUAGCCGUAAAGGAGGAUUCAAAGGAGGAAAAGCCCACUUAGCUGGUGGAGAAGACCAAAACCAAGAAAAAUCCAACCAGGCUGGUAUAGGAGAAUUCAAAAAAGAAGAAAUUGAAAAGAUAAAAAACCUCCUAAAUUCCUUUGAAAAGUCCUCUAGUACAUGUUCAUUGGCUCAAAUAGGAUUUGGUUACGGGGAGGACGAUUGGACUUGCUAAGGUGAAAAAUGGGCUUUAUUACCUUGAGGAAAUGAGUGGCAACAAGAAGAACAAAAAUCAAUUAUCC